GAAGAAUGUGAUAUAAUGUCAGUUCAUCACAAAGAUAUCUGUCAUGACAUGUCUCAGCCAUUAUCGCAUUAUUUCAUCUCAACCUCUCAUAACACUUAUCUACUCGAAGACCAACUAAAAGGACCGUCAAGUGCUGAAGGAUAUGCCAGAGCUCUACUCCAAGAUAUGCGAUCCUAUUAUGAAAGGGUGUCGUUGUGUGAAAGUGGACUGUUAUGAUGGAAAUGAUGGUCCGGUUGUAUACCACGGAAAUACACUCACUUCUAAAGUAGCUCUGGAGGACGUUCUCGAGACCAUUCACGCCAACGCUUUUGUCGUCUCC